CGGGAAUAUGGCGGCGCGCAGGCCGGAGGACGCACGUGUUCGCGCGGAGAGGGCUCCGCGGUGACGGACGAUGAUAGCGUCACCUUCUGUGGUGAGGGCUUGCGGAUUGGGACUCCUCUCUCACCAUGAGCAUCACCCCAGAGGUCAAGAGUCGUGGGAUGAAGUUUGCCGAGGAGCAGCUGCUAAAGCAUGGAUGGACGCAAGGCAAAGGUCUGGGCCGGAAGGAGAAUGGCAUCACCCAGGCCCUCAAGGUGACACUGAAGCAGGACACUCACGGGGUGGGACAUGACCCUGCCGGGGAGUUCACAGACCACUGGUGGAGUGAGCUCUUCAACAAGACUGCGGCCAGCUUGGUUGUGGAAGCUGGCCAGGAUGGAGUACGGAUAAGGCGUCUUUCUAAGGAGACCACCGGCCAUAAUCAUCCCAAGCCCAACAUGCUGUAUCAGAAGUUUGUGAAGGCGGCCACACUGACUUCAGGUGGGGAGAAGCCAGACAAGGACUGGGAGAGCCACAGUGACGACGACAGCCAGGGGCGCAAGCCUCCAAAGAUUCUGACCGAUGAGAUGCUGCUCCAAGCCUGUGAGGGGCGCACAGCACACAAGGCCGCUCGUCUUGGGAUCACAAUGAAGGCUAAGCUUGCCCGGUUGGAGGCCCAGGAGCAGGCCUUCCUGGCUCGUCUCAAAGGACAGGACCCUGGGACCCCUCAAUUGCAGUCUGAGAGCAAGCUCCCCAAAAAAAAGAAAAAGAAAAGGAAGCAGAGAGAGGAGAGAAAGGCUGCAGCAACUGCCGGUGCGGCAGCCGCCGGGAGUGCAGAAGAGUGGCCGGGAGGUGCGGGCCAGGCCGGCAGGGGCAGCAGGAGGAAGACGAGACAGAAGCGAGAAGCAGCGGUGGCAGAUGGGUGGGAGGGAGUGGCUGCCGGGGACGGAGACGGAGAGACCGCAGGAGUGGGUGGGUCUGGAGAGCGGGAGAGCAGGGAGCAGGCCGCCCCGCCCCGCAGGAAGACGAAGAGGCAGCACCGCGCAGAGACGGCGGUCCCGGACGGAGGGGCAGGAGGCCAGGAGGCUGCGGCCAGGGCCGGGACGGGGCAGGGGGAGAGUCAGGCACGCGCCAAGCCCUGCCACAGACGCAAGAGGUGGCGGCAGCCGGAGGAGGGCGGCUUAAACACAGAAGCAGCAGUGGCGGGGGCUGCUGCAGAUGGUGGGGCUGGGGAAGCAGCAAGCAGAGUGCACCGUGAGGGGAAAAGCAAGAAGAAAAGACGGAGGUCCCGGGAAGAGGAGCAGGAUGUGAGGGAUGAAGGGGAUGAGGGCGGCGGGACUAGGGAGGCGGAGAGCGGGUUGCACACCGGCUCAAGCAGCACAGAUAAGAGGUGGCAGCAGGCAAGGGCUGGAGUCGGCCCCGACCAGAGAGCAAGAAAGAAGAAACAGAAGACAGCCUGA